GAGGAAUCUCACUCACCUCCCCCUCCCCUGUCCAUACCGCACGAGAGCUUUCUAUUCACCCGCCACCGCCAUCGAUAGGGAAGGAACAAAAUAUAUAAAUAAAAUCUUAUCCAUAAGCAGGCAAGUAUAUCCCUUACUCAUUGUACUCAUUUCGGCGAAUACCACCGCCGCCACCCGCGUCCUUCCAUCUUUUCCCCCGGCUAAUAAUACCUCUUUCCCCCUCUCCUCCCUUAGAUCAACUUAGCUCAGCUCGGGUCAGAAGCCUAAUCCCCGGGUUCCAACGUUCGAGCCUACCCCCCCUCAUUGCUCAAUUCUUCCUCUUGAGGCUAUUGUCGGUGUUUGAGGAAGAAAUCAGAGGAGAGCCAUGGUAGCGAUAAUGCCUUCCUCGCAACAGCAAUACCCGUCCUCCGGUUCCACAGCCCAACCUACGAACGUCUACACCGCCGGCCUCCCCGCGCCCCCCCGCAUACUAAUCCCCCCACCGACCCUGCACCCAGAGGUGCGGAACUUUGAACACCUCAGAACCCACAGCAGCAACGGCGGCGCCUCCAAUGGACCCCAACUCAACACUAACAGCAGCGAUACCGAUCACAUGAUUACCCCACCUGGGUCCCUGAUGACGCAAACAACGCUGCAAGACUGGAGAUAUGAGUCGCGUCGGGAAGCCCAGCAGAUCCUACCACACCUCUGGCUGGGCCCGCUCUCGGCCGCGAGAAACACGACCUUCAUCGCGGCGCAGAACAUCACCCUCCUCCUCGCCGUCCGCUCAUCGAUGACGGCGAAGGCCAAACUCCUGGCGAACCAGCUCCCUGGAAUCCGCUACGAAUCCAUCGAUGUCUCCGGCAACCAGGAGCUCAUCGCGCAAUUCCAGCACGCGACCGACAUCAUCGACGAACACUAUUUACAGGGGCUACCAUUGCACAUUAGGCAGGCGCUCCCGCUCCCGCUCAGUGGGAAGGACCUGUACGCUUUCCAGAAACGCUACCCAACCGAGCACCCUGGGCAGCCUCUACCGCAGGGGGGUAGGACGCUGCUAUUCUGCGAGAGCGGGAAUGAGAGGUCGGCUUCCGUUGCUGCAGCGUACGUGAUGCAGCACCUUAGCGGCUCGGCGGUCCAGGCGAUACAGAUGGUGCAGAGUCGCAGGUUUUGUGUUUGCUUUGAUGACCCCAUGAAGUGGUUGCUCACCAGUUACGAGCCCAUAUGGAUGGCCAGGAGGCAGGCUGCGCGUCAGAAUGGAGCGGGCUCGGGCGUCAAUAGUGCUGGACAGCACGGGGACACUCGCGGUGUCGCCCUGUCUAGGGGUGUGAACAAGAGAAGGCUGGAGGAGUGCGAAGAAGAGCAGGGAGACACGAGUUCGCACAAAGCCCAAUACCAUGCACCCUUCUCGGAUGGGGACGCAGGCGCCAAUGAAGGGGACAUGGAGAUGACUUGAGCCUUCCAAACACAUAUCCAUUUCGUUUAUGGCAUUGAUUUUCCUUCAACCUCGGAUUUUUUUUUUAUCUCCCCAAAACAUAAAACUGAAAACAUAAGAACUGACAAAUGGGCACGGUGGGGCCUCCCAUCUACACCCCCUCAUAAUCUCCCCCUUCUUACUCGUUCCUUCAUUUCGCUCUCCUCCUUUCGUUUAUUCAUAUAUCACAUGGAGGAAGUCGUUACCCGCGUAUUUCGGCCCAUUUUGAGAUACCUCUUGUUUUUGUUGUUCAUCGUCGUUUUAGAACGGAUAUUUGACGGGGGGGGGGUUUCUGUACGCCUUUUUAUUGUGAUGGAGUAGUUUGUAUUAUUACAUUCGGUGGCUGUGGUUGCAGAGUUUUAAGUAGCGCGAUAAGAUUGCAUACUUCAAUUGCUCCGAGGUGGUUUCCGCGAAAUUCGGUUGCGGGAAAGCCCAGGGAAUCACAGUCG